GCAGAUCACAACCGAAUGCAUGCGUCGGAUGUCCUUCAGGGUGUCUAUUAUCUCACUUCCCAACCGAUCCCAGGCUUCGCGCAAAUACCCGCAGAUUCAACAGAUUCUCCUUUACAUAAGACAUCGAUCGGUCCUUUGCCUCAAAGUUAUGUCAAACACAUCACUGUUUGCGAAGAGACUUAUGGUAUAAUAGGGGCUAAUUAUCCAGCAUUAGAGCUGAUGGCACUGUACACGGCGGCAGCCAUGCAUGACUUUGAUCACCCCGGCAGGACUAAUGCCUUCCUCGUCGCCACAUAUGCUUCACAGGCGAUUCUGUACAACGACAGGUCUGUAUUGGAGAACCAUCACGCGGCCGCCGCCUGGAGUCUCUUCUUAUCAAAACCAGAAUAUAAUUGGUUGAGACAUCUCGAUAGGGCUGAGUUCAAGAGAUUCAGAUUUCUUGUCAUUGAAUUCAUUUUGGCCACUGAUCUCAAGCGACACUUUGAGAUAUUGGCCGAAUUUAAUGCCAAAGUAAAUGAUGACGACUCCACUGGAAUCGAUUGGUUCUCAGAAACCGACAGACUUUUAGUUAUGGAAAUGACUAUAAAAAUAGCCGACAUUAACGGUCCCUUAAAGACGUUUGAUAUCCACCAGCAGUGGACGCAUCGAAUCGCCGAAGAAUUCUACGAACAGGGAGACGAAGAGCAGAGACUCGGACUUCCCAUCUCUCCAUUCAUGGACCGUAAAAUCCCUCAAUUGGCGAAACUUCAAGAAUCGUUUAUUAAUCAUUUAGUCGGACCGCUAUGUAAUGCAUACGGAGAGGCGGGUCUUCUUCCGGGACUUUGGGAAUACCAGGACUCGUCUUCAACUGACGACUGCGAUAUCAUUGAAGAAGAAGAAGAAGUGAAAACUGAUAGCGAACUCAACAAAUUAGAUUUAGGUAAAAAUGCGAGAAAAGUUAGUUGUCUUCAGACAACACAUCUUCAAGAAAAUUACGAAUUUUGGAUAAAUAUUCUCAAAGAGAAAAAGAAUUCGCAUUCACUUCAGUCCUCUCCCAAUAUAAGUAGCGACGACUCGAGUACUCCAGUCCUCACUCAACAGACAUUGGAAGAGAUCAUCGAAGCGGAAGAGAAUCAAAGCCAAGGAAGCAGUUAUAGUAAUAAUGGCGAUAAUAUACUAGUCUUUGAAAAUAUCACUCAUAUUAGCGAUUAAGUGAAUCACUUCUUAUGUUAACAAACAAUUAAUCCCUUUUAUAUCUGUGAUUGUAAUCAAAAGCUUCAAUCGUUCCCCAAAUAGACUAUAUUAUCAUCAUUUUUGAACCACAAAUGACACUAUAAUUUCAAAUCAUAAGUCAAUCAAAUGAUUAGUGAAAUUACAAAACCAUUGUUUAAUUGGCCAACAAUUUUGAGCUUCAAUUCCUAGGAUUCUAUAAAAUUUAUGUCAAGUUUUUACACAAAAAGACAUGAAAUUUAGUUUUUUCUUGUGAUAAAAUCAUGUUAUUCUACAUAAUAGACAGUAUA